AUGGCAGAGGCUGAAGAAGUGAAAGAAACGAUCGUUGAGGAAGAGAAGGCGGAAGGCGACAAGGCGUCCGUCGCGAAGCCAAAAGCGAAGGCCAAAGCCAAGGCAAAGGCCAAAGCUAAAGCCAAGGCCAAAGCGAAAGCAAAGGCCAAGGCAAAGGCCAAAGGCAAGGCCAAAGCCAAAGGAAAAGCAAAGGCGAAGGCUAAGGCAAAAGCAAAAGCGAAGAGCAAAGCCAAGGAGCCUGAAGAAGACAAGCCUGCUGACGAGGCGAAGCUGAAGCCAAAGCCGAAAGGAAAGCCACUGAGUUUGAAGGCGAAGGUGACCCAACUGCUGGAGGGACGGGGCAUCGACGAGGUGUUGGCCGAGAUCCAAGAGCAGCUGGCGGCAUGCAAGGCCAAGCACCCUGGCCAUCGCGAAUGUGAAAGCGCAACGUCGUGA